AUGGCGGCUACGGUGAAGACAGCGUGGGCGAAGCCAGGCGCGUGGGCUCUGGACGCGGAGGAGAACGAGUCGGAGCUCCUCCAGCAGCAGGAGGAAACGGUGGCGGCGCCAAACGGCCACUCCGAGACAGCGGAUUUCCCGUCCCUGGCUCUGGCGAAGACUAAGAAGAAAAAGAAGCAGGUCCUCACGCUCCAGGAAUUCUCGACCUACAGCGCUGCGAAGCCGGCGGCCUUCCAGGCGAAGGGGUUGACGACGGACGAGCUGAUGGCUCUCCCGACGGGUCCGCGAGAGCGAACGACGGAAGAGCUCGAUCGGAACAAGCUAGGAGGGGGAUUCAGAUCCUAUGGCGGCGGGAUGAGGGAUGAGCAGCCACUGUGUCAGGGGAGUUUCAAUCGGGAGUCGAAUCGCGAAUUGGCACCGUCUAGGGCUGAUGAGACUGAUAAUUGGGUGGCGGGUAAGAGGUCUUCUGUUGGUAGUGGGUUUGAGAGGAGAGAGAGGGGGUCAGAGUGUAAAUAUCGUGAAUAUGGAGGAGUAUAA